AUGCCAUACGAUAUAGCAGUAAACAUAACAGACCCGCAGUACCAGGGGGAGUACGGCCAGAAAAAAAAGCACGCUUGUGACAUACCCGCGGUGAUAGAAAGGGGGAAACGCGCAGGAGUUCGGAUGGUUUUCCUGGGGAUAUCCGUGAAGAGCUCGGCAGAGUCUGUUGCCUUGGCCAACGAGUAUGGGGAGUACUGCACUGUCGGAAUACACCCUGGGAGCACAAAAGGCGCCCAGGAUGCAGACGUCCGCUCGCUUGUCGACAUUCUGGCAAACCAGAGCAUACAAAGCCUGCGCAGCCUGGUUGGAGAGAGCAUUCUGGGCCUGGUAGCAGAGAAGUCGCUUUUCUCAAUAAACAGCGUGAUCGGAAUAGGAGAGGUUGGGCUAGAUUACCACAGGGACUAUUCGCCCCGGGAAAAGCAGCGGGAGAUAUUCUCGAAAAUACUGAAAGAAACCGCCAUUUACAAGCUCCCGUAUGUAUUCCACUAUAGAGACUGCGAGGAAGACUUUUUUGACAUUGUAGGUCAGCACAGCGUAGAGGGAGUUGUGCACUCGUACACAGGAAGCAUAGAGGAAAUGCGAAGGCUUGUGCGCUGUGGAUACUAUAUAGGCGUAAACGGCGCCUCUAUUAGAGAAAACGAGGACACUCGUGUAAUAGAAGAGAUCCCCUUGCACCGGCUUCUUAUAGAAACAGACGCGCCUUGGUGCAGCAUAAGAAAGACCUCCGCAUACUAUAGCUGCGUAGGAAAGUAUCGCACGCCAAGCAAGAAAUGGUCCGAGCACGAGGGGGUGAAGGGGCGAAACGAGCCAGCGAAUCUGCUUGAAGUCAUCGACGUGGUUUCCCACAUCAAGGGAAUACCAAAAGAGCAGCUUAUAGAGGCAACAGACAGAAACUUCAAAGCUCUUUUUAGAAUAGACUAG